AUGGGCACAUUCGACGGAAAAGUGGUAAUCGUCACUGGUGGCGCUCAUGGCAUCGGAAGGGACACUGCGAUCGAAUUCGCCAAGGAGGGUGCCAGCGUCGUCAUCGCAGACGUUAACGAGGAGGCGGGUCGGGCAGUUGAAACCGAACUGAAUCAACUGGGCACGAGCGGUCUCCUCGUCGUGGCAGACGUUUCGCUCCUUGCCGAGUGCAGUCGAGUGGUCGCGGAGACGGUCGAGGCUUUCGGCGGUGUGGAUGUGCUGUUCAACAAUGUUGGCAUUCAGUCACCCGAUUCGUACCGGAACGUCGAGGAUACGUCGGAAGAGAUGUGGGAUCGCAUCUUGAACGUGAACCUCAAGAGCUACUACAUGAUGUCGAAGUUCGCAAUACCUGAAAUGCGGAAGCGGGGCGGGGGAGCGAUAAUCAACACCGCAAGCGUUCAGGGCCUUCAGUCACAGAAACUAGUACCUGCUUAUGCUGCCAGCAAGGGCGGUGUGCUGUCGCUGACACGUCAGAUGGCUCUCGACUACGCCGAGGAAAAUAUACGGGUGCUUGCAGUCUGCCCAGGCACUAUCGACACUGAGAUGGUUCGAACCGUCGCUCGCCUGGAGGAUGGCGACCCUGACCGUAUCGUCGCCGAGUGGGGUAAAGGACACCCCAUCGGCAGGGUCGGUCAGGGACUGGACGUCGCCAACGUAGUGCUGUUCUUGGCGAGUGAGAAGGCGAGUUUCAUGACUGGGGAACAUGUCAACGUGGAUGGCGGAUUUAUGGCACUCGGAGCGUGGGCUUCAGGCGCGGGCGCGGCGCAGGAGUAG